CAUAGACGGAAACUCCCUUUAAAUUAUUUAUCACAGAGUAGCCAGCAUUUCUGUAAACAAGAUGGCUGUCAACUGCACAUUUGAACUUGUUUACAAAGAAGCAUGAAAAUGUGCUAUAUUUUAUGGUUUUUCUAAUUAUAUUUUAUUUACGAGUUGCUUUAUGUGAAUACUAGAAGAUAUUUGGCUUAAGCUUUUAUUCGCGUGUUUUUACUCUGUUAUCGUUUGUCAAUUGAGAUUAUAAAUAGGUAUUUAUAAGCGUUGUAACGACUUUCUACCUAAGUUUUCAAUUAUCAAUAGAACUGAAAAGCGCAAAAUCAUUCGAGCAGUUAAAAUUUUCUCUGUUUAUUAUCCUGUGUAUUUUAGCAAGGUGACAUUAAUACAAUUCGAAUUUGUUAAUUUCAAUCUCGUACACCAAGUUUGACUCGUUGUCUUUGUCUUAAAUAAUUGCGCUGGUUUAUUUAUUUUUUCCUUUCUUUUUUUGAACUGUUCGUUGAAGCAAGAGAAUAAAAAAUGACCGUGGAAGAGACAGAUACUUCGUUUAAUGAUGUCGAAUAUGGCUCUUUCUUUAGCUUUCGCCCACAAAAGCGAAGAGUCACGUAUCACCUAGAUAAUAAGGUUGGAAAUUAUCAUUAUGGUGACAAGCAUCCUAUGAAACCACAUCGUAUCACGAUUGCUAACCAUCUUGUGAUGGGAUACGGGUUGCAUGACAAAAUGAAUGUCUAUAGUCCUAGAAAAGCAACCUUUAACGAAAUGGCUAGCUUUCAUCGAGAAGACUAUUUAGAUUUUUUACAAAAAAUCACUCCUGACGAUGCGGAAACCUAUGCCGACACAUUUCAAAAAUUCAACAUUGGCGCUGACUGUCCAAUCUUUGACGGAGUAUAUGAAUUUUCCCAAAGGUCCGCGGGUGCUAGUUUAGAUGCUUCAAGAAAACUAACCCAAGGACAAACCGACAUUGCCAUUAAUUGGAGCGGCGGACUCCAUCAUGCCAAAAGAGCAGAAGCUAGUGGAUUUUGCUAUGUUAAUGACAUUGUUUUGGCUAUUCUCAAUAUGCUACGAUAUUUUCCUCGUGUUCUUUAUAUUGAUAUUGAUAUUCAUCACGGGGAUGGUGUUCAACAAGCUUUUUAUGAAUCUGAUCGUGUACUAACCGUCUCUUUUCACAAAUACAACGGUGAUUUCUUUCCUGCAACUGGAAAUUUUGAUGAAAAUGGGAUUAAAGGCGGAAAGUACUUUGCGAUGAAUGUGCCAUUAGACGAUGGAAUUGGAGAUGAUCAGUACACAAGCUUGUAUAAGUCUAUCAUUGAGCCAACGAUCAACACAUUUCAGCCAUCAGCUAUUGUUCUUCAGUGUGGAGCGGACUCCUUGGGUUAUGAUAGAUUAGGUGUUUUCAACCUGAGUAUUCGUGCUCAUGGAGAAUGUGUGAAAUUUACAAAGUCCUUUAAUAUUCCCAUGCUUGUUGUAGGCGGUGGUGGAUAUACCCUUCGUAAUGUCGCUAGGGCUUGGUGCUAUGAAACCUCUAUCUGCGUGGACGAACCGGUUCCUUCACAGUUACCGAAAGAUACUUCUUACUAUGAAUUUUUCUCUCCUGAUUACACGUUACACCCAAAAUUAAUAACGAAAAUUGAGAACAAAAAUUCACCUAAAAUGUUGGAGGAUCUUAGGAUACGCGCGUUGGAACAACUACGAUAUUUGGGUAGUGCUCCAAGCGUUCAGUUACAACAAAUUCCUCCAGACUUAACUGGUCAUUUGGACGAAGAAGAUGACCGCCUUAAUGAUGAGUUUCUUGAUAAAGUGUUAGAUGUUCGGGUUCAUGGAUAGACGCAUAUAACAACGGUUGCUCUUAUGAUUA